AUGUUUGCAUUAAAGCAAGGAAAAACGUUCGUGAACAAGCAGUUGGUGUUACAUAAUCGUGGGUUUUCUUCUACACCAGUUGCGGGUUCCAUUUUAGACUAUUUAAAGUUUUACAAAAAGAAGAAACCAGAACUACCCAAGGAAAGGGCGACAGAAGAUGUCAUUGAGGAUGUUGAACAGCACAAAGAGAUUGAGGACAUUCAUAAGGUGAAAAUUAUUGGAAGAAGGGAUCCAAGGCAAUUUGACAAGAAACUAAUACUCAAGAAUUUAAACGGCUUUACCGGUGACUCAUGGAUACCAAAAAAGUCAUUAUACACAAUAACAAUUGAGAAAGAGGCUGAGACCACAAAAGAAGAAGUGGGGAAGUUGUAUCCAAGUGUCGUUUCAAAGCUUUUGGGAGAGAUACAGUCUCAAACACUAAAGGAAGGAGAUGCACAUACAGAGCUCAAUAAUUUGGCUCAGAGGUUUAACAUACUGAAGCAAGUACAGCGGACGUUUGGUAUCUACAUUUCUGAUUUGCAGUUGACGGCACUCAGCAACUUCGACCUGAUCCAGAAGUACUUAUUGGAGGAGUUGAAUCCACAAAAGAUUCCAGUGGAUGAGAUUGUUCCAGAUAGAAUCAAUUGGAACCCUGUAGAAUUUGAGGGUACCAAUAUUAGUAUUGGCAAGUAUGUCUUUGAGAGUCAAAAGAGCAGGAAGUUGAAGAAGCUUUUGCGGAAGGCUAAUAAACUUGAGCGUAAUAGUCUUGAGGAUGCCCAGCAGAAUAAUGAUACACAGACCACCACUGCCUAG